AACGAGGACCAUCCACGUAAUAAAAAAAUAUCGCAUUCAUUCCUUACUCUUUCAGUUGUACUUGUAUACAAACUCCUUUCUAAAUUUUAUAAUCGGGAUCGAUCUCUCUUUCUCUGAAACAUUUUGGAAACUUCUAGGUAAGGCUUCUUCAUUCCAAAGCAAGACCACAAUUUUUCUUCAUGGCCACCGGAGAGGAGAAACCUGUUAUGGUCGUCGGUAUCGACGAAAGCGAGCAGAGCACUUACGCCUUGGAGUGGACCCUCGAUCGUUUCUUCACUCCCUACGCUCCUAAUUUUCCUUUCAAGCUCUUCAUCGUCCACGCCAAACCUAACGCCGUCUCUGCCGUUGGUCUUGCUGGUCCCGGAGCUGCGGAGGUUCUGCCUUAUGUUGAUACCGAUUUGAAGCAUAUUGCUGCCAGGGUUAUCGAGAUGGCUAAAGGUAUCUGUCAGAGCAAAUCGGUUAAUGGCGCUAUGUUCGAAGUUUUUGAAGGUGAUGCAAGAAGUAUACUGUGCGAUGUUGUGGAUAAACAUCAUGCUUCUCUUCUUGUCGUGGGAAGCCAUGGUUAUGGAGCUAUCAAGAGGGCGGUUCUAGGGAGCGUGAGCGACUACUGUGCUCAUCAUGCUCAUUGCUCGGUGAUGAUCGUGAAGAAGCCUAAGAUCAAGCACUGAUGAUCACCUAAACCCAAGCUGUUAUAUCAGUCAAAGCAAAGCAAAGUCUCAUCUGCAUAGUCGUCAGUUUCGGUGAAAUGAAAUAAAAUUGUGAAACGAUCCAAUCUAUAUAUUAAUAUUCGUGUGUAAAUUGGUUAUUGUAUUCAUAAACUAUUUUAUAUAUUGACGUUUGAUAAUACUAUUGUGGUUAUCUGCUUA